AACCAUGUUUGUAUUCUGCUUUCAUUUUGUUAUUUAGGCAGAGCCAUUUAGAACUUCACUAUGCAUCCGAACUGGACGUAAAGUUGGAAAAGUGGGGGUGAUGUUAGUCGGUUGGGGAGGCAACAAUGGAUCCACAUUUACAGCUGCUGUCCUGGCUAACAAGCACCAGCUCACAUGGAAUACUAAAAAUGGACAGAUGAAUUCUAACUGGUUUGGUUCGAUUACGCAGGCAUCGACGGUUCGCCUCGGUAUCGAUGAAAAGGGUGGCGAUGUAUUUGUUACUAUGUCAAAACUCUUACCCAUGGUGCAUCCUGAUGAUUUGGUAAUCGAUGGAUGGGACAUAAGCCCCAUGAACCUGGCGGAUGCCAUGGUCCGCGCCAAGGUCAUCGACUACGACCUCCAGCAGAAGCUCCGCAAGGAAAUGUCAACGAUGCGUCCAAGACCGGCCAUUUAUGAUCCUGACUUCAUUGCAGCGAACCAGGUGGACCGCGCUGUGAACCUCAUCCGUGGAACAAGAUACGAGCAGUAUCUUCAAAUCCGAGCCGACAUCAAGGACUUCCGCGACAAGAACAAGCUGGACAGGAUUAUCGUGCUGUGGACAGCCAACACUGAAAGGUUCUGUGAAGUAACAAAAGGAGUUCAUGAUACGUCUGAAAACUUGGAGCAGGCUCUCCGCAAGAAUAAUCUCGAGAUAUCGCCCUCUACUAUUUUCGCAAUGGCCGCUGUUGAUGAAGGGUGUUGCUACGUCAACGGCUCGCCCCAAAACACGUUAGUUGACGGUGUGAUCGAGAGAGCUGAGAAAAUGGGCGUGUUUGUGGCAGGCGAUGACUUCAAAUCUGGCCAGACAAAGUUGAAGUCAGUUUUAGUGGACUUUUUGGUUUCUGCUGGUUUAAAGCCAGUGUCCAUUGUGAGUUACAACCAUCUUGGAAAUAACGACGGCAAGAAUCUGUCUGCACCGAGGCAGUUCCGCUCAAAGGAGAUAACGAAGAGCAACGUGGUGGACGACAUGGUCGCCAGUAACUCCGUGCUGUACUCGCCGGGAGAGAAACCCGACCACGUGGUCGUCAUCAAGUACGUGCCAUAUGUCGGUGACUCCAAACGUGCCAUGGACGAGUACACAUCAGAGAUCCUCCUGCACGGCACCAACACGCUCGUGGUUCAUAAUACGUGCGAGGACUCCUUACUGGCCGUACCUCUUAUACUCGACCUCGUGCUGCUCACCGACCUUUUCUGCAGGAUGGCCUUCCGCAAGGACGAGUCCUCAGCCUGGGCGCCGCUGCACCCCGUGCUGUCGUCGCUGGGCUACCUGCUGAAGGCGCCGCUGGUGCCGCCCGGCGCGCCCGUCGUCAACGCUCUGGGCGCGCAGCGCGCCGCGCUCACCGACCUGCUGCGCGCCUGCGUCGGGCUGCCCGCCGCGCACCAGCUGCGUCUCGAGCACAAGGUUCCAUUUUUAAUGUCCGAGCUCCACUCAGGCGCCUUGUUCAAGUCCGCACCACCGCCAAAGAAACAAAAGUUAACACACGAAAAUGGCGACAAGUAAAAACUAAAAAGAAUAUGUGUAGAAACGAAGUAUGUGUGAGAAAAGCGAUUGAGAUCUAAAUAAAUAUUAUAAAUUUAUCUAAAAAUUAUUGUUUUACAUUUCAAUAUGAAGCACAAGGGUUAGACGCUUCUGAAGCGUGAUAUUCACACAAAUAUAUUUUUACUAUAACGUGCUAUAUUUUAUUUAUCAACUUGUGAUUUUUUUUUUGUAAAAGUUAUAGCGUUUAGGUUGAUGAUCAUAUUUACUUAUAAUUAAUUAAAUACAAAAAACUGAGUAUUAUGUAGUUUAAUGCAGAUAAAUAGAAGAUUUUUUUAUUUUAUUUUGGUUGUUAGUCAUUGAAUUGUUUUAGUUGAAAUAUGUUACGUUUUGGCUGUGUUUAAUGAGUUAUUGUUAAAUUUCAUAAAAAUGCUCUAUCACUAUAAGUAAGCAGAAUUAAUAUAGAAAGAAAACGUCUAUUUUAUUAUAUUUAUACGCGUAUUUGAUACAUUCCUAGUUUAUCUGAAAAUAUUUAAAUUAAUCAAUAUUGUUUUGUGUUUUGUUAUUGAAUGAAUAAUGUUACACAGAGGUAUUGAAGAAUAUCCUCAAAAAAAAAAAAGAAAAAAAAUUAUGAAUUUACUAUAACUUUACUAAGAUCUGAUUUUUCUAUAUGUUAAAAGAGGGAAAAUGAUGUUUCGAUGUCUUUACAAAUUAUUCCUAAAAUAGAUUUGAGAAUAGAUUUACAAAAAAAAAAUCUGUUCAGAAAAGAAGUUAACAUUCAAUUAUUUACAAAAUCUGUUUCAUUCGAAACAUUUCGUAAUCAUUAUUUUACUGUCAAUAACUAACACAAUAGAUUGUUUACUUGUUCUUAUUCAUUAAAGUUAUGUAUUCAAAAUAUUAAUAUCACGACUUCUAUUAUAAAAUUUCACCUAAUAGGUGUGUCAUAAAACAUUUGAUAAAAGUGUGUGUUUUGAUGUUUUAUUAGUUUUAGAUCUGCCAGUAUUAACUAGUGUCGAAGGAAACUAUGUGCGAAAUUGCAUUUAUAGAAUUAUAUUUUUAGAAAACACAAUUAAGUGUUAAAUCACUGUAAAGUCACUCUUGGUGCCCAUUGUUCCUUCCUUUAAAGUCAAUAACUAUUUAUAAAUAUUAGUCUAAAUACGAUUUGAAGAAAAUAUCAUUUAAACACAAAAGUCUUAUGUUCUGAUUAUAUUAUUGAAAACAUAGUUUAUCGUCAAAUUUCGAUGUGUUUAGAAUUAUCAAAGGCUAUGUAUUUAAUUGUAUUUUAUUUACUGCAUGUACUUAUAUUCAAAUAAAUUUAUUUCUUGAUUGAA